GAUUUAUUUGUCUUUAAGCUUCACUUCUCCAAAUUUUUGUGCUUCAAGAGGCCGACACUUUCUCCGAGGAAGCUUUUCGGGAAAGUUGAAGGGGAGGAAGGGUCGUCAGAAAGAGAAGGCUGAUGGCAGUGGCAGCUCCAGUGCCCGGAACCAGAUGGCUCUGGCUGCUCCCCAGGUGCCUGUCUUGAAGAAUGAAAACGUGGAUUACUCGACUAGUUCCAACGCAGAAGACGAUGGUCUGGGAGCCAAAGUCAACGGGCCAGAUGGAACCGACAUACCCAGUGGUCAUGCUGAGAGACCAAUUGAUAGAAGCGGAACGACUACAGAUCUCCCUGACGACGCGAAGUCGACUCUAACGCCGACAUCAAUUCACAACGCUCUGUGGGAAAAGGCUUAUGAAAACCUGAAGAAGGAUAGCAAGACGGCGGAGUAUAUGAAUGAAUACGAAGAUAUAGAUUCGAGGGACUUCUUGGAAGAGAGCAUCGACGAUACAACCUCCUCUCGACAAGCAAACGGAAGACUGCCAGGUGACAAGCGACUGCGAUCCAUCAUCGAGAAGGGCCUGCAUAAGGUCGAAACAAAGAAACGCGCAAGCGAAAGGUUUAGUAACGUCUCCAACAUCAUACAGCAUCUCAAGGCCUUCGUUGAUAUCCCUUUGACAAAUAUUCCACAGACUGCGCUACCUUGGGCUGUGGUUUCUUCGACUUUGGAAAUUUUGAUCCAGGCUGGUGAAUUAAUCGAUACCUUUUAUGCUAGGCCUGCGUCGUGGAUCGCACACCAACGGGCGUGUAGAUACCGUGAUCCGAUACACCGUCAUGGACUUUCAUCUGGGACAAUUACGGAGACUCCUGGAAUUUACGAUGGAAUGUUUUACAGAGUGGGAACCAAAUGUUGUAUCUGAUAUGGACUCAACUCGAGGUAGGCUUGAUGGCUUACGGAGGGCAAUUCAAGACCUCAUCGC